AAAAAAGAAGGCACUGUAAAUCAUUUACUGCCUCUCUGCAGAGCAGAAUGGAUGAAUAUAAAGCACCAAGGGACCAAUCCAAAGAGAUAGCACGAGUCCAAGCUAGGACACAAACCUCUGGAAGGUCAAAAACAGUCAGUACACAGGGAGUUUCCUGUCUGAGAGAACUCCAGGUCUGAUGGCAACUUACAGAAUGCUCUUUUCUGCUCUCUUGGCAAUUUCUCUGCUGAUUUCUUCAAAUGGGACCAAGACUGGGGAGGAAAUCAAUGAAACCAUCAUCUGCACCAAGGACUUAAUUGAAGUGGAAAUCCCAAGUACUUUCUUUUUAUCAAAGAACCCUCCAAUAUUAAUCUCUGAUUUGCACCUUAAUGACCCAGAAUGCCAUGGCACUGAAGUAGGAAACCUAUAUGUGUUCAGCAUUAAAACCAAUUUCACAGAUUGUGGAACAAGAAUGGAAUCAGAUAGCACUCACAUCAUUUUCAUCAACACAAUACAGAACAACUUCUCCGAUAUAAUCACAAGAACUUUUAUCAACAUUACAUUUGCCUGCCGAUAUCCUAUUAGUUACAUGGUACAGCAGCCUAAUGGAGAAAAUAAGAUUAGUGUUGAUAUCAGGACCAUUACACUAAACACUGAAGAUGGAAACUUUUCUGUGUCCAUGAUAUUGUACAAAGACCCACAUUUUGAAGAUAUGUGGACUACAAUUCCCUUUUUGACUCUAGAGGACAACGUAUUUGUCAAAGUUAAAAUGGUUCCAGGUAAUUUAAUAAUUAGACUUGAAAACUGCUGGUCUACCCCAACAAAAAAUCCUGUUCAGGCUAUUCAGUAUUUCUUUAUUAAAGAGAGCUGCCCACAAAUUGUAAAAGAUGAAACCUUGUCAGUAGUAAUGAAUGGAGAAGCUGAAGAAGCAAUGUUUAGGAUCCAGAUGUUCAAGUUUGUUGGAGUCUCUUUCAAUCAUGUUUUCCUACACUGUACAGUUCAGAUUUGCCACAAUACAGUAUCUGUUUGCAAACCAAAUUGCACCAACAAUGAUAGUCUGGUCAGAAAUAAAAGGGAAGCCAUAGCUUUUUCUAAUCACAUGGUGUCCUAUGGUCCUAUAAACCGAAAACUGAUAGAUAAUGAAGAGUCUGAUAUAAGUGAAGGAAGAUUUCUGCCAAUAGAAAUGUUGGUCCUUGGAGGAGCUCUAAUAGCAGUUCUGGUGAUAACUGUAGUGUUUGGAAACCUUUUGUUUCAGUCAAGAAGGACAUACCCUGCUAUGCAAGCACAGCUGACCAUGUCCCGUUUUCAUAUCUCUGAAGUACCAUCAUGACAAACUGUUAUCCAAGAAUAUCAGAAUUGCAGCAAUGGUUAUAUUGUGGAUUAGCAUUUAUUAUAUGUUUGUAAUUUUUAUACAUCUCAAAAUCCUACAUUAGUACUAUUUCUUCUGUCAAAUUACAAGUAUAACACACAUAGGAAGGAAUUUGAAACUAUCAUCAGAGGUUUUGUAGGCAAUUAAAAAUGUUGUUCAUUUUCUUGAGAAGCAUAGAAAACAUGUUACAAUGCAACAUUUGUAUAUUUUGCUGAGUGCACUUUUGCUAGGAAAGUGUAUUUCUGAGAAUGAAUACCAUAUGCAACGCAAUGGAUGAUUUUUUAUCGUCAUCAUCACACACAUAAAUGUAUAAUUUGCAAAUUUCUGCAACAGAAAAGCAGGACCCUAUAUUACAAUCUUUCAGAAUUAAAAAAAUUUUCAGAGACCACUGGAAUCUGUAAUACUCAGAGUUUGGUAUGUGCUUUAUGUUUGUAAAUAAAGAUUAAUUUCAAA